UGAACGCUGACGGACCGAGCCGCUGAGGGAGCCGGAGUUGGCACCGUAGCGGCGGCGGGGCAGCUGGACCUCCCCUCCCGGCCACUCAGCCCGCGCGGCAGGGCAGAUGUUUCUGGACCCCAUGAAACUUGAGAGGCUUGCAGCUGGGAAGACACUAGCCUAGGAAAACGCGGAGCGUGGGUCUGCAAGCUCUGCCUGUCCAGGAUGUCAGGGACCCACAUACCUCCUGCCAGUGGCCCCUUCUCAGCCCUGACUCCGAGCAUGUGGCCCCAAGAGAUCCUGGCCAAAUACACGCAGAAGGAGGAGUCAACGGAGCGACCAGAGUGGCGUUAUGACGAGUUCGGCUUCCGCGUGGACAAGGAAGAUGGUGCUGCAGACCCCAGUUCCAGCAAGCUCCUCGGGGUGUCUCUAGUGGAAGACCCUCCACAGAGGCUGCGGUGGCAGGCCCACCUGGAAUUCACCCACAACCACGACGUGGGGGACCUCACCUGGGACAAGAUCGCCGUCUCCCUGCCCCGCUCAGAGAAGCUCCGCUCCCUGGUGCUGGCCGGCAUCCCACACAGCAUGAGGCCACAGCUGUGGAUGCGACUCUCAGGCGCCCUACAGAAGAAGAGGAGCUCCGAGCUGUCGUACCGAGAGGCGGUGAAGAACAGCUCCAAUGACGAGACCAUUGCUGCCAAACAGAUCGAGAAGGACCUGCUCCGCACCAUGCCCAGCAACGCCUGCUUCGCCAGUGUGGGCAGCAUCGGCGUGCCACGCCUACGUAGGGUCCUCCGUGCACUGGCCUGGCUCUACCCUGAGAUUGGCUACUGCCAGGGCACCGGCAUGGUGGCUGCCUGCCUGCUGCUGUUCCUGGAGGAGGAGGACGCCUUCUGGAUGAUGUGCGCCAUCGUCGAGGACCUGCUCCCCGCCUCCUACUUCAGCACCACCCUGUUGGGUGUCCAGACGGACCAGCGGGUCCUGCGCCACCUCAUUGUCCAGUACCUGCCUCGCUUGGACAAACUGCUUCAGGAGCAUGACAUUGAGCUGUCGUUGAUCACGCUGCACUGGUUCCUCACGGCCUUCGCCAGCGUCGUGCACGUCAGGCUGCUGCUGCGCCUCUGGGACCUGUUCUUCUACGAGGGCUCCAGGGUGCUGUUCCAGGCCACGCUGGGCAUGCUCCGCCUCAAGGAGGAGGAGCUGAUCCAGUCGGAGAACUCGGCCUCCAUCUUCAACACGCUGUCAGACAUCCCGUCUCAGAUCCAGGACGCCGAGCAGCUGCUGGGGGAAGCCAUGCGGCUGGCUGGCUCCCUCACUGACGUCGCCGUGGAGACUCAGCGCCGCAAGCACCUGGCCUACCUCAUGGCAGACCAGGGCCAGCUCCUGGGGACGAGCGCCACCACCAGCCUCUCUCAGGUUGUCCGUCGCCGGACUCAGCGGAGGAAAUCCGGCAUCACCUCCCUGCUCUUCGGGGAGGACGACCUGGAGGCGCUCAAGGCCAAGAACAUCAAACAGACGGAGCUGGUGGCUGACCUCCGGGAAGCCAUCCUGCGUGUAGCUCGCCACUUCCAGUGCACGGACCCCAAGAACUGCAGUGUGGAACUGACCCCGGACUACAGCAUGGAGAGCCACCAACGGGACCAUGAGAACUACGUGGCCUGUUCACGCAGCCACCGGCGCCGGGCCAAGGCCCUGCUGGACUUUGAGCGCCACGACGACGACGAGCUGGGCUUCCGCAAGAACGACAUCAUUACGAUCAUUUCCCAGAAGGACGAGCACUGCUGGGUGGGGGAGCUGAAUGGCCUUCGAGGCUGGUUUCCAGCCAAGUUCGUGGAAGUCCUGGAUGAACGGAGCAAGGAGUACUCCGUCGCGGGGGAUGACGCGGUCACCGAGGGCGUCACAGACCUUGUGCGAGGGACCCUCUGCCCGGCCCUCAAGGCCUUGUUUGAACACGGACUUAAGAAACCAUCUCUGCUUGGGGGCGCCUGUCACCCCUGGCUGUUCAUUGAGGAGGCAGCUGGCCGGGAGGUUGAGAGAGACUUUGAUUCUGUAUAUUCACGCCUGGUGCUCUGUAAGACGUACAGGCUGGACGAAGACGGCAAAGUCCUGACCCCGGAGGAGCUGCUCUACCGGGCGGUGCAGUCCGUGAACGUGACCCACGACGCGGCUCAUGCACAAAUGGAUGUCAAGCUCCGUUCGCUCAUCUGCGUGGGGCUCAACGAGCAGGUCCUGCACCUGUGGCUGGAGGUGCUGUGCUCCAGCCUGCCCACCGUGGAGAAGUGGUACCAGCCCUGGUCCUUUCUGCGCAGCCCUGGCUGGGUCCAGAUCAAGUGUGAGCUCCGUGUCCUCUGCUGCUUCGCCUUCAGCCUUUCCCAGGACUGGGAACUUCCUGCAAAGAGAGAGGAGGAGAAGCAACCCCUGAAGGAGGGCGUUCAGGACAUGCUGGUGAAGCACCACCUUUUCAGCUGGGACAUAGAUGGGUGACCCUCGCCAUCACCCCCAGGCCUCCCCAAGCAUCGGUGACCAGAGCAGCCCUGCCCUCAAGGAAACGGUCAGGCCCAUUCAAGCUGGCUUUGGAAUGGGGUCUGAGGGGACCCAGGCCCACCCCAAGCUGUAGGGUCAAGGAGACGCCCGGGCACCAAGAUCAGGGCCCAGCUCAGCCUGUGGGGGCUCCUGCCCCAGCUUCACUGCUGGUUCCAGCCAAAACUUCGGGCACCUGUCAGGUUUUUCUCAGGAAGGGGGUGGGGUGGCCAGGGGCUCCUUGGCCUCUUUGUAAAUAAACU